GCGGCGGCGGUAAGAUGGCUGCCCACGGGGGCUCCGCGGCGUCCUCGGCGCUGAAGGGGUUAAUCCAGCAGUUCACCGCCAUCACCGGUGCAAGUGAAAGUGUAGGGAAACAUAUGCUUGAAGCCUGCAACAAUAAUCUGGAGAUGGCAGUCACAAUGUUUUUGGAUGGUGGUGGAAUCGCUGAAGAGCCCAGUACCAGUUCAGCAAGUGUCUCCACUGUUAGACCACACACUGAAGAAGAAGUUCGUGCCCCAAUUCCUCAAAAGCAGGAAAUAUUGGUAGAACCAGAACCUUUGUUUGGUGCUCCUAAAAGACGGCGGCCUGCACGUUCAAUAUUUGAUGGUUUUCGGGAUUUUCAAACUGAAACUAUUCGGCAAGAACAAGAGUUAAGAAAUGGAGGAGCCAUAGAUAAGAAAUUAACUACCCUGGCAGAUCUAUUCCGGCCACCCAUUGAUUUGAUGCAUAAGGGCAGCUUUGAAACAGCCAAAGAGUGUGGGCAGAUGCAGAAUAAGUGGCUGAUGAUAAACAUUCAAAAUGUACAAGACUUUGCAUGCCAGUGCCUCAACCGUGAUGUAUGGAGCAAUGAUGCUGUGAAGAAUAUUAUCCGGGAACAUUUCAUUUUCUGGCAGGUUUAUCAUGACAGUGAGGAAGGUCAGAGAUACAUACAGUUUUAUAAGCUAGGGGAUUUCCCCUAUGUUUCCAUCUUGGAUCCACGGACAGGUCAGAAGCUAGUAGAGUGGCACCAGUUAGACGUAUCUUCUUUCUUAGACCAAGUGACGGGAUUUCUUGGUGAACAUGGGCAACUGGAUGGACUUUCUAGCAGUCCCCCCAAAAAAUGUGCCCGUUCAGAGAGCCUUAUAGAUGCAAGUGAAGACAGCCAGCUAGAAGCUGCCAUCAGAGCCUCCUUGCAAGAGACACAUUUUGAUUCAUCACAGACAAAACAGGAUAGUCGCUCGGAUGAAGAAUCGGAAUCUGAACUCUUUUCUGGCAGUGAGGAAUUUAUAUCUGUUUGUGGCUCUGAUGAAGAAGAGGAGAUAGAGAAUCUUGCCAAGUCCAGAAAGUCUCCCCAUAAAGAUUUGGGGCAUAGAAAAGAGGAAAACAGAAGGCUGCUAACUGAGCCCCCACCCAGAACUGAGCCUGGAACAACCACAAACCACCAAGGAUUGUCAGUCAUGGAUUCAGAAAUAUUAGAGAUGUCACCUGAAAAAUCAGAUGGAAUAGUGGAGGGCAUAGAUGUAAAUGGACCAAAAGCACAGCUGAUGUUGCGGUAUCCAGAUGGAAAAAGGGAACAAAUCACUCUUCCAGAGCAAGCUAAAUUGCUAGCUUUGGUGAAGCAUGUCCAGUCUAAAGGAUAUCCAAAUGAACGUUUUGAACUUCUCACCAACUUCCCUCGAAGGAAACUCUCUCAUCUGGACUAUGACAUUACAUUACAAGAGGCAGGCCUUUGUCCUCAAGAGACUGUCUUUGUACAGGAAAGAAAUUAACAUCAUGGCCUGACCUCUCUCAGCUUACCCCUUUUUUUCCCUUUUCCUGUGAGAUACCAUGUCACUGAGUAUGCAUUUUGGUUCAUAGGACCAUAGAGCCAAAGUCGGGCAAGCAAGUCACCUGCCUUCUCUUUUAUUCCUUGCUCUCUCCUACAAGUCCUUUUCACUUCCUACCCCCUCUUUCCCCUCUCCUCUCCUCUUUUCAUCUUUUUCCUACUUUUCUUUCUUUCUUACCUAAUCAGGUGACCAAAUGGAAGUAUAAGGAUAACACCUCCUAGUACUGGCAGCAGGAAAUGUGUGUUCCAAUAAGUGGUCUCUUGCAUGGCACUUUUUCGGGAUCAAAUGAUAAUGUUACUACUCUCAGACUCCUUUGGUAAAGGAAUGGCUAGAUUCAGAAUAAGAACAACCUCCCUUUUUUGUAAGCCCUGUUUUUAGUAGGGAAAAGAAAUUCUCUAACAUGUUUUGUUUUGUUGUUCAUGUAAGAAAUAUCACAACAGAUAUCCAGGCUUUUAUUUACAUGGAAAAAGUAUCCCUUAUAAUUAUUAUUCAUCUCAUUUAAAAAUCAUUUUGAAGGAUUCCCAUCCUCCCAAGCUAGAAUUAUUUCCAUGAGAUGUGUUAUUGGCAAAAUGAGUGUUAAAUGAAGUUGGGUGAGUAGCAUGGGUUGGCAUUCAAUAACUUAGCCUGAGACAACUUUCUUCAUUACUACUCUAAACUAUAUUGAUCCUGCUAGUCCCAGAGUGGACCUUUAGUGAGCAUAUUGUGGUGACUGGGAUAGGAAGGUGCUUGCUGUUUUUGCCAGUAUGGCAUAUUAAUUCCUUUGGCCCUUCCAUUGUUUGGGUCCACAAGUGAUCUAUAGGAAGGCAGCUAUUCAAUAAUCAUGCAAUACAGUGGCUUGUAGUUGAACCACUAUGGUUAUUGAUUGUCCUAUGUGCUUUAGGCAUACUUAUGUAUAUCCUGGGGGAAAAAGAAAAAGAUGCAGCUGAGAGUAGCUAACCAUGUUCCUUUGGUUAGAAAUAGUGAUUCAUUUAUUACCCCUGGUUGAACAGUCUCUAAAAGGCUCUGGUGACUAAAUGAGCUUAAAUCCUCAUGCUUUUUCUUGCUAAAGGUCUCAAAAUUGAAAGCCUAAGGGGAAAACCUUUAAAUUAAAUCCAUAAGACAACAUUUAGUAAGGGAGGUGGGGAAGAUUGCCAGUAGUCUUCAGAUAUUGUGGGGUUUUUUUUCUGCCUACAAAAGCCACAUUCAAAUUGUAGUUGGUGAAAGCUUUUUUCAGUAUUGUUUAGAUUAGAAGAUGCCACCUUGAAUCUCCAUAACACCACUCAACUUACCAGCUUCAUUAUAUGCUUAGUUCUUAUUUUGAGCUUUAGUCUUCUGAUGGGGUAGUGGUGAUUCUGGUGGCAAAAUCAGAACUUUUAACUUGCUAUAAAACCAUAAUAUAAAAUGGACCUUAUUUAAUCAGUUGGGGAUUUAGAUUGAUUGAUCCUUCUACUUGAGGAACAUAAAUUGCUAUUGCUCAGAGACCUUUAAGUUCCCAUCUAUUUUAAGAUCAUUCACUUGGUAACUAGGGGAUUUUAAAAAAACAUGCUUAUGUGUUGCUAGUACUAAUUAGAGAAUAUGAUUUCUAAUGGUUGAAUUUCGAGGGACCCACCCUAAAGAACGAGUAAUGUUUCUCCUCAAGGAAAUCAUGGAAAAUUCUGUUUAUUCUUCAGUGAGUCCUUUUGGAUGAAUGUUCUUACAUUUUUUCUAAGUGUGUGUAAGUGCUUAUGUAUAAGUAUAUAAUUGUAUAAAUAUUUAUAAAUAUAUUUAUAUAAUUACAAUUUCAUUUAUAUCUUGAGUCAAAGUUCUCUCUUUAGAUUGGUGACUGAGUAAUACCACUUGGUGUUUUUUCAUAGGCUCUUGAGGCUAACUAGCAGCUUCUGAAUUAUUGAGGAAUUAUGGUUUUCAUGUUAAUUCCUUAAUUGUAUCUGAACUUGGGUAAUAGACUUACUAUCUAAGGAAUAGAGCUGUAUACUAUCAAAGAUGCAUUAGAAGGUAAAAAGACUGUUGGUAGUAGACAAGGUCAAGAAUCUAAAAAUUCAGGGAGGUACAGGGUAAGAAGUGAGGGUACGCCCACUUUGGGUGCUAUGAUGGCACCUGUCUCCACUCAGCAGAGUCACAGCUAAAGCCCAAAUCUGUCAAAAAUGUGAAGUCAAGAACUUUCCCUGUAGGACUCUAUUUUAUUCUUUUACCUAUUAGCUUCUCUUUAUAAAACAUAUCUAGGGAACCUGAGACAACAUGUCCAUUAAUGAUAGGAUAUAGUUCUUUUUGAUAAGCUCAGCCCUAGCAUAUCCAUGCAUGAGAAACCAAAGUGACUUUUUCAACUGUGAAAUGACCAAGUAUAUAUAUAAAGGGAUUUAAGUAAGCAUAUUAAAGAAAUGGGGCAUGAGAUACUGACUCAACUUAGAGACAGCUGGGGUGUUUAGAAUAUAAGAUCUAAAGGAUUUUAUUUUACUUUGAGGCAGGAAUGUAAUUAUCCUGGGCUUGAUAUAGAGGCCAAUGGGACGGAGGGAUUAUAGAUUGUACAUGGGAAGAGUGAAUAAGGAAUAUUGCUUUACUCAAGAACUUAAUCCACUUAGAGAGUAUACUUCCUCUAAUUUGUCUUAUUUUCUCUGUAAAUUCCUUUGCUUUUUGGAAGAGAAGUUUUAUUGAAUAGAUUAAAUGAGGUUAGUAAGAUAAUUAAAAAUUAGUUUAAAAUAGUAAUUCCUUGUAGGUAUUGGAAACAGCUUGAAAGAGAUAAAAGGUACGGAGAAAAAGAACAAGGUAGAUUUUGAGAGUAAAUGAUGUGACAAAUACAGGGAGAUAAAAUGAAAACUAGUGGGGGGAAAGGUGACAGGAAACCUCUUUUGAAAUUGAUUUAGGAAGAAACCAGAGAAGAGAAAGAAUAGUCAAAUGAGGGAAGACAUGCAUCUAAUUUUGAGUAAUUAGCAUGUAGUAGCUACCUUGUACACAUUUAAUCUUUAUAAGAACUCCACAAAAUGCACAUUUCCCCCCAUUUUAUGUAUAAGAAAUAAAAUUGAAGUUCAGAGAACUUGUUCGGGAUGUCACAGCUAGUAAGUGGCAAAAUCAAAAUUGGCAUCCAGAGUCCAUGCUCUUUUCACUCCCUGUAUUACUCACCUGUAUUCUUCAGUUGCAACUUUUGUAACUACUUAGGGCAUGACUGCUGUCUCCUCCAACAGGGGCAUCAGCCCAAAAAGUUACCUUUCUUUUGUUUGGCUCUGUAAAGUAUCCUUUGGUUAUGUUUCCUUAAAGCUGGUGGGAUUGCUGCUAUGCCUAUAAAUUCCCAUUUACACCAUUAUUUUGAGGGACUGAUAAAAAUGUGAAAGGAAAAUAAUUAUGUGGCAUUAUUUGCUAAGAAUAAAUAGAAAGGUAAAAAAGGAUUUUAUCUUUUUUAAACAACUUUUCAGAAAAGGCAUAAUUAUCUUUUCUGCAUCCCACCUAUGCCAGAUUAUUAAAUCCUUUUAUGUAUAUCUUUUAAAAUAUUCUGUAAAAUUCUUCUUCCUUGACUGUGUAAGCCAGUAAUUUAUUGAGUUUUUAAUCAAAGUUGGAAACAUCUUGAAAUCUAAGAUGUAGUUCCUGCCUGUUUUACCCAGUUGGAGAGACACACUACACAUGAGAUAACUGGAGAACUGUAAAUGCUCACAUUUCUGGGGCUGAACUAUCAUUGCAAAAGACGUUUAGAAAGGGGAAUGAAUAGUAUACGCUUUAGUUAGGACAGUCUUCACAAAAAUGUAAAACUGAAAAGUGGCAAAUACUGUAGCUCAUUUUCUUUUGACUCACCUGUAUUCUUUAGUUGCAACUUUUGUAACUACUUAGGGCAUGACGUUUGUCAGUAAGGCAUAUCUAAUACACAAAAAGGAAAGGAUUACUGAUUCCCAGGGCUAAAAUUUUAGCUAGGAGGGAUCUCACUUGAACACUUAGGAAAAUACUAGAGGGAGUCACUAGCAACUGAAAAGUGAAGGAAAGAUUGAAUUUCUCUACCCAGGUACAAAUUAAAUAUAUAUUAUAUAUUAUAUGAUAUGCAGAAGGGGCACUGUAUGUAGGUAUAAGUGCACUUGGGUAAUAGCUCUGCUACUACUUCACAGCAUAUUGGACUAGAUCAAGAGUUCUUAGUCUGUUCAAGUAAAAGAACUUGUGAUUUUAAAAUUUGGCAGAGGUGGGGAACUGUGGAGUUGAGUAUUAAUAUCAUUUAUUUCAUUGAUGGAGAAAAUGUAAAUGUGCAUAUGGAAUUGCAGACUCUUGCAGAAACUCUAGGAACCCACAGAUUGUAGAACACUGAAUUAGAUUAUCUCUGAAGUCCUUUCCACUCCAAAAGUUUAUGCUUCUAGUCUCUCCUCUUUAUUAUAUAUUAUCCCUAGGUUAAUUAAAAGUAUACUUGCUAA